AUGGACGUCGACAUUCAACUUGAAGAAUUGUUCAUGAAGAGACAAGUGCCUGGUGAAAACAAGGAGGAAACGUGGGAAUCAGAGAAAAACACGAAGAUGAGCUCCGAUGGAAGCAGAUCCUCUUUUGACGAGUUUACCUUUUCAACUCCUGAAUAUGAAACUGAAAAUGGGGACGCGGCCAUGCGAGAAUUCUUCAAGUUUGACGAAUUACCAAAAGAAUCAUCAACGCAAUUUUUAAAAAUUCCACCUUCGCUUUCUCUCGACUCAUCUCCAAACUUGUCAAAUUCUCAGGAUGAAAGUGAAGAAUCUCAGGAUCGUUCGGCAGACUACAUACGGCCUCACAUUGACAAUUCCUAUCCUUUUCUUAUGAGCGAUUCUCAGUUCUCCAAUGCACCCGUAUUUUCUCCCGCGACAAACCUUCACAUCGCUGAUGACCAUUUCAAUGGUACACCUGAUGAUCUAUAUGCAAACGGAGAUGCUGACAAGCAAUUCCUUGAUCUAUCAGGUACCGAUUUUUGUGCUGCGGCCGCAAAUCCUUCAUAUUUAAAUAAUCAAAUUUUUCCGAGCGCCGAUUUGCCUACUAAGGUACCUUUUUUGUAUCCUCAAAGCGAAUCUCUUCCUAAAUCGUCUGCUCCGUUCCCCGAACAUCAAGAUUAUACUUUAUCUGUUAAUCAUAUCCCCGCUGUCAACGAGCAAAAAUGGAGGUCAAGGGUAGAAACUAAUAUGCUAUUUCAGGUUCAAAUUCGAAAGGCUGAUGGCGGAACCGUUCCUUAUAAAUAUAUCCGUUUACCCAAUUGGGCCCAUCGUGAAGAGAAGAAAAAGUCUUUGAAGAAAUCGGUAAGCUCUGUGGAUCCUCAAGAAUAUUUACAAUUAAUUCCGACCGUAAUAACUGGUGAUAAUGCUAGCAAUGUUGUUCACACAUGCUGUAUUCGCUGCUUACUUCGUGAAAGGAAGCGCAAUGCUCGUUCGCAAGCAACGAAAGAUGCUUGUAUGCCUAAUUACGCAAAACUCAAAGCAUACGAGCGUACCAUGGCGGAUGCUACACCAGAGCAAAAGCAUGAUUUUCGAAUACAACUUCUCAAUCAAUUCCCAAAAUUAGAAGACAUUGAUGAAGAAAGAAUGAUUAUGGUUUUUACUGGUCCUGAAUUCGUACCGCUUGAGUCAACUCAACAUGGAAAAGUUGCCCAUAUCAAUGCCAGAAUAACAUGCUACUCGUCGCAUCAGUCUUGCCCUUAUUUCCGUUUAACAUGGGAUCUGUAUUCUUCAUCAAGCCUUGUAGCCCGUCUUUCCUUUCCGGAACCUAUAACCGUACUUGAUGAUCAUAAAAGCCGAAAUACACCUAAAGUCAUCAGACAAGGGAAAAAGUUGAAUCCUGCCGAUAAUCAUUCUAGGCAGAAAAAUUUUUCACCGGCUUUAAUUGAUACAGUUAAGGGACCUACUGAAAAGCGAAGAAGGACAUUGUCUGACAUAAAUUCUCAUCUUCUUCCUCAGCAAUGGAGUAAACCAGGUGUGAUUCCUGAAGCUUCUGAUGUUCUUGAGGAGAAUGCUGCUAGUGUAGUUUCGAACAAACCUACAUUUCAUAUGCCUAAUGAUUGUUCGGCAACUCCUUCUACUAAUGACGAUCAUGUUUUACACGUUCCACGUGAUACGAUUAAUAAAGAAUCUAUGGAGAUGGAAGCAAUACCCAUUUCCCAUGAGUUUUCUCAGUACAGUCAAUUUUUAAACGCCUUUUCAGAAAACGAUGACCCCAAUAUAGGGCCUUUUACGUCAAACGUUGAUCCCUACCAGUCGAUUCCCGAGACAACCCAUUCUAAUAAGCAGAGCAUAAGUAGUGCCGCUUCUGCCACACCAAGCUCUCUCCAGCCCAGGGAUCCUCUUAUUUCUCGUAUUAUACCCAACAAAGGAUCAAUUAUGGGUGGUUAUGAAGUAACUAUUCUAGGUGCUAAUUUUUUCAACGGUCUUGUCUGUUUGUUUGGGGAAACUCCAGCAGCUGUGACUUUUUCUUGGAGUGAUUCAACAAUUAUUGCAACGUGUCCUCCUGCAGCAGUGGCUGAAACAGUUCCUGUAAAAUUCUUUAAUUAUUCUAUGGAAACAAGUGGCUCAAAUGCUACAUUUACCUAUGAGGAUAACCUCGAUAACGAACUUUUUAAGUUGACGGUACAAGUCCUUGGUUUGAAGCUUACUGGAACGGUUCAAAACCCUUUAACGCUGUCUAAGAAGCUCUUAAGCUCAUGGAGGGAUGAUUUUGCUCAAUAUAUCACGAACUCUAUAAAACCAACCUCUAACCAAGGCUGUGAAACUAGUCAUGAUUGUAUGAACGAAAAGAUUGAGUCUUUAAGAAGUAUGGUAACUCAGGUCGCGAAGGAGCAUAAUGUUCCAUUCCCGGACAGUGUUGAAAACACUGUAUUGGCCGCUUUGUCUAUAGUAGAAGAGACAGAGACAACGUUUCCUACUGACUUUGAUGUUGUAAAUGAAUUUGGUCGUACACUACUGCACUAUUCCGUUGCCGCUGGCCUUGGUUCCGCUACAACGCUCCUAAUUAACAACGGAGCAGAUAUAAAUAAAAGGGAUUCUUUGGGUUACACACCUCUGCAUUAUGCUGCACUCUACGAAUAUCCUGACAUCUAUUUACGCUUACUUUCAAAAGGUGCAUUACCGGACUUAGCUGGUGCUAACGAUCAAUGUGCGAAUGAUUUAGCCAGUGUGAAGUUCAAGAGUUUGGUUGCCGAAAAGAAAGAAAUGGACUUUGCUUUAAUCGAUGAAAAGUCUGGAGCUGAAUCUGGCCUAAGUUUGAAACAAUCAAGCACUAUAGAGGAAAUCAAAGAAAAAUUAUGGAUACGGUCAUCAACGCUAUUUCCUUCUUUACAUGAGUUACCCCAGAACUACAUGAGUGAAGUUCCGUUACUUAUGCAGAAAGCUAUGGUUUCUACCUUGAGAAGCAUAUCCGCUAUUCCUGAUGAUGUUCCUCCUCCCUAUUCUGAAGUUGCCAACGAAGGUUAUGUACCUCAAGCUAUUUCUAAUGAUCCUUCAAAGGAUGCUGAUCAUAACAAAAGUGCUUGGUGGUCACUAAAAUGGCAAUCACGCUUGGUUGGUCGAGGAAAAACGAGUGCUCUGACUCCGGAAGAAACAAAAGCCAUUCAAGAGCAAGCAAAAACGUUGAAAAAAGCAGGAAUGGAUUUGAUGCUUUUCUCUUUUUGGCUUCCUGCUCUGUUGGUUUUGACGAUUUUUGGACUUCGGAGUUAUGCACAGUUAAUCGGAGGAUAUUUAUAUCAAUUUAUAAUUGGUGCCUGA